AUGGCAAUAGGAGAAACAUGGACGCGUCAUCGCAAGUUGCUGAACCCAGCGUUCAGUCUGCCGGUGAUCCACGGCUUCUUAGACGUGUUCAACAGUCAGGCCAAGAAACUGAUCAAUGAAGUAGAGCCUUUCGUCGGUAAAGGCCUAUUUGAUCACAUACCAUAUUUCCUCAAUAACAACUUUGAAACGCUCUGUGCUGGCACAUUUGGAAAUGAUGCCAUCAGUGAAAAACAGCACGAACAAUAUCUGCAAUCAGCAUAUAAAUUAAUACACCUAUUUAAGGAAAAGUUAUUUAAGGUUUGGCUGCAAAUCGACUUUAUUUACAAGCUAACUGGGUAUAAGAAGAAGGAAGAUCAAUUAGUGAAGAAUUUACAUUCAUUGACGAAAGCAGUUCUGGAACAAAAAAGAAUCACCAAAGAAAAUGAAGUUGAAACAAAUACUAGCGAUUUAAAAUACAAAGCUUUCUUAGAUCUGUUGAUAGACCUAUCAGCUGAUGGUGUUUUUGCUGAAAAAGAAAUAAGAGAACAAACUGAAAUAAUUCUGACAACUGGUUUUGAAACUACAUCCACACAGUUGACAUUCACCAUGUUACUGCUCGGAGCACAUGCUGAUGUACAAGAAAAACUAUAUCAAGAAUUAUUAGACGUACUGGGUCCCGAAAAAGACGUAGGAAAAUAUGAUUUGAACAAAUUAGUUUAUACAAACGCAGUUCUCAUGGAGUCUCUCAGAGUUUUUCCAACCGUACCCGUUGUACUAAGAUGUGUCGAUCAGGAUGUGAAACUAAAAAACUACACAAUGAAUGCAGGCAGUUACUGUGUAAUAUUUCCUCUGAUACCAAACGUAUCAGCUAAAGACAAGAAAGGGGAUCAGUUCAGGCCAGAAAGGUGGUUGGAUGAUGAUUCUUGCAAUAGCCAAGACUUUGCUGGAUUCGGCUUGGGAAAACGCGGUUGUAUAGGCAAAACAUAUGCGAUGAUAGAUAUUAAAGUGAAGCUAGCACACUUCAUACGGUGGUACCGAGUGCGAGCUGACAUGAGUCAGCUGCAGCUGUCUGCUGACUUCGUGCUCAAACCUGUGUCGGGACACGAGAUCAGUAUUGAACGAAGACAUUCAACAGCUGCAUGAGGAAUGGAGAAAGUGGCUCUGGUGAUAGCUUCACCUAGAAUAUUUAUUGAUGACUUUGUUUCAGGUCAUGAUACAAAUAUUCUUAUGAAAUAUGUUUCUGUUAAUCUUGAGUCGAUUCAGGAUUGGUACAAUUUAUUAAGCGACUUCCCAAAAAAGAAGGUUCUUAAUUUGGAAGUUUGUAUUUUUUAUUGGAUUGUAUUCUUAUUAGCUACGACCAAAUAAAUUAAAUGAUACUGCCUGUCUGACCUCUUCAACCCUACUUAGGCAACCUAGGAUACCUUAGGAUACCAUUGGUAAAACUGGAUGCUAUACUUUUCAAACUUUGUGGGUAGACAAAGGCAAAUUAUCUGCUUUAAAUAGUUUUAACCAGGGUCUCGUAAGGGCGAGGUCAUGCAGAUCACAGAGAACAUUUGUAUAUCAGAUGCUCCACGAUAUAGGUACUUACAAUGGAUGAUCAAUUAUAAACUUUGUUACGUUAACUUGUUUGUCUGGUAUAAAAGGGUUCUGUAGGUAAAAGCAAGUUUUUUCUAUUUUUUACCAAAUUUA